AUGGGUCCUGGUCGGCGAAUGAAGAAGCAAGGGCCUCCACAGAGUCUUGAGCAAUUGAACAUUUCCGUAAAGAGGAAAGCAAGUGAACAGAGCAAGCCAGGUGGUGAGUCCAAGGCGAAGAGAAGGAAAGCAGAUACAAGCAAUGGUGUGCCUACCGUGAAGCCUGGAAACAGUGCGAAACAUAUAAAGGCUUCGAGGCCAUCUAAGCCUACAGCCAAGCCUAUGCCAUUGCAUGAAACCUCCGAAGAUGACGAUGCCGACGAUGCGGACGGAGACGACUCCCUGGUGGAGCACCUGGAAGAUCUGGAUGAUGGGGAUAUCGCAGACGACAGCGCAUCAGAGCAGGAAGGCGAAGAUGACGAUUUAGAGCCCGCGAACAGCCGUUCUGACGAUUCAGUAUUUGAUUCCGACCUAGAAGAGGCUGAUCCGGCACGCUUUUCAGAAGAUGAAGAUGAGUCAGAUGCGGAAGAGAAACUUACGGCUGCGAACAUCGAAGGACUGUCACGAAAGCUGGACCAGAAACAAGCGCUGGUAGACGCACAGGCGCAAGAAGAGCUGGAGGAUGCGGCCAUGCAGACAAAUAUUGUCGCGGGAGCGGACGGAGAUGGUGAUCAAGCUACGAUGCAAGGUCUUGCACCAGAUCUGCAACUCCUAAGGACGAGAAUUACAGACACGCUGCGAGUACUGGGAGACUUUGCUAAGCUGGCAGAUAAAAGCAAGUCCCGAGCCGAAUACACCUCACUCCUUCUUUCCGACAUCUGCACCUACUACGGAUACACGCCCUACCUUGCAGAAAAGCUUCUCUCUCUGUUCAAUCCUCUUGAAGCAUUUGCAUUUUUCGAAGCCAAUGAGUCGCCUCGUCCAGUCGUCCUCCGUACCAAUACCCUUCGCACCAACCGUCGCACAUUAGCUCAAGCUCUCAUCAAUCGAGGAGUGGUGCUCGAACCAGUAGGGAAAUGGUCGAAAGUGGGUUUGCAGGUAUUCGAAUCCGCAGUACCUCUAGGAGCUACGCCUGAAUACCUUGCCGGUCACUAUAUCAUUCAAGCAGCGUCAUCAUUUCUUCCCGUCAUGGCUCUGGCACCACAGCCAAAUGAGCGUAUUCUAGAUAUGGCAGCUGCGCCUGGAGGCAAGACCACCCACAUUUCAGCUUUAAUGCGAAACACAGGCACAAUCUUUGCAAAUGAUUCGAACCGACAACGAGCCAAAGGCUUGAUCGGAAAUAUCCACCGAUUGGGGUGCAAGAACACCAUUGUGAGCAACCUCGACGCGAAGGAAGCGUUUCCCAAGAUUUUGGGGGGUUUCGAUCGAGUGCUGCUUGACGCUCCAUGUUCAGGCACGGGUGUCAUUGGCAAAGAUGCUAGCGUAAAGACUUCGAAGACAGAACGGGACUUUCUUGCUUUACCACACAUGCAGAAGCAAUUGUUGUUGGCUGCUAUUGAUUCGACAGAUCACGCAAGCAAAACUGGUGGAUACAUCGUGUAUGCGACAUGCAGUGUGACGGUAGAAGAAAAUGAAGGAGUGGUGCAAUACGCGUUGAGAAAGAGGCCCAAUGUGAGGAUCGUUGAUACAGGGUUGGGUACCUUUGGAUCUGAGGGCUUCAGGAAGUACAUGAACAAGCGAUUCGAUGAUCGCAUGAACAUGGCGAGAAGAUAUUUUCCGCAUCGGGAGAACGUGGAUGGAUUUUUUGUCUGCAAACUGAAAAAGAUAGGUCCGGGUCCUUCUGGCGCUCAGACGGUUAAUGGCGUGGCUGAUGCGUCACGAUCGACACCCAAUUCUGACAGAUUGUCAAACGGCACCAAGGAGACUUCUCCGGUGACGCCGAUUGAUGAUGAGUUUGGGGGAUUCGAUAGCGAAGAGGACAAGAAAUAUAUCGCCCAUGCGGAAAGGAAAAGGCUGAAGAAAAAAGGCGUGAAUCCGAAGGUGGCGCCUGAUCAUCGCUCUGCAAUGGGUAAAGGUAGAACUAGAUCGGGAUAG